AUGUGUUUGUAUGGGGAUCCAUGCAUGUGUAUGUCUAUCCUUGUGUGGCAAUGUAGCGUGCGUGUGUGUGUGUGUGUGUGUGUGUGUGUGUGUGUGUGUGUGUGUGUGUGAGUGUGUGUGUGUGUGUGUGUGUGUGUGUGUGUGUGUGUGUGUGUGUGUGUGUGUGUGUGAGAGAGAGUGUGAGUGUCCUGGCUGGGCGUCCAGCGCGGUCCUGGUAAUGCUGAGACAGACGGUGAGCGGGUGGGUUUAUUUUUGGGUCAGUGACAGUGUGUCAAUGGCCGCAGAUGCGUCGGAAAGGAAGGCUCUGAGAUACAAGCAAACCCUGCUCUAUGGGGAGUACCAAGAGCAUCAGGGAGGCUCUGGCAGACGGGAGGCCACACGCCUGCUGACAGAGAGACAGAUCAAGAAACAUGGCAACCAUCCUCGCAGCCAUGGGAGGCCUCGACAUGGCCGCCGUGGCCACGGUCAAAAUGGAUUCCACAGUCGACACGGACAUCAGCACGGCUAUCACAGCAGACAAAGGAACAGGCGUCAGUCCAACAUGGAGACAGAGGCCGCUGAUGAGCAAAUGGAUGAACCCAACCAUACCUCUACAAACAAGAGACGCUCCUUCUCCAAGUGUAGAGACUGUAUAGCACGGGUCCAGCGAUUCCUUGUAACUAGGCUGGGAGAAGACUGGAUCUUUCUUGUUCUGCUGGGCAUCACAAUGGCACUGGUCAGCUGGACGAUGGACUAUGCCAGCGCAAAGAGCCUGCAAGCCUAUAAAUGGAUUCAUGGGGAGCUGAAGGGGAAUAUCCCCCUGCAGUACCUGGCCUGGGUUUCAUAUCCCCUGAUCUUCAUCCUCUUCUCCUCCCUCUUCUGUCACCUGGUCGCUCCUCAAGCUAUCGGUUCUGGCAUCCCAGAGUUAAAGACCAUCCUGAGAGGUGUGGUGCUAAAAGAAUACUUAACUCUCAAGGCCUUUGUUGCUAAAGUCAUUGGCCUGACUGCUGCACUGGGCAGUGGGAUGCCUGUAGGCAAAGAGGGCCCGUUUGUCCACAUUGCCAGUAUCUGUGCUGCAGUUCUCAGCAGGUUCAUGUCCUUCUUUUCAGGAGUUUAUCAGAAUCCAUACUGUUAUACAGACAUCCUGACAGUGGGCUGUGCGGUUGGAGUGGGCUGCUGCUUUGGUACCCCACUUGGAGGUGUGCUCUUCAGUAUAGAGGUAACAUCCACAUACUUUGCUGUGAGAAACUACUGGAGAGGAUACUUUGCUGCUACUUUUAGUGCCUUCAUAUUUAGAGUGCUAUCCGUGUUCAACAAAGACGCAGUAACCAUCACUGCUCUGUUCAGGACAAACUUCCGCAUGGAUUUCCCUUUUGACCUGCAGGAGCUGCCAGCAUUUGCCAUCAUUGGGAUUUCCUGUGGGUUCCUCGGGGCGUUCUUUGUCUAUCUCAACAGACAGGUGGUACUGUUCAUGAGGCGACCCAACGCCAUGACCCGCUUUCUGACCAAAUACCGGCUGAUCUUUCCUGCCGUGGUAACGCUGGUCAUCGCCACCUUGACCUUCCCACCCGGGUUUGGACAGUUCAUGGCAGGAGAGCUGAUGCCCAGGGAGUGCAUCAACUCUCUGUUUGACAACUUUACGUGGACAAAGAUUUCGGGAUCUCCUUUUCCAGUCGGUCUGGGCCGCUCCGCCGCCUGGCUGCACCCUGACGUCAGUGUCUUCCUCAUCCUGCUGCUCUUCUUCCUCAUGAAGUUCUGGAUGUCUGCAGUGGCCACCACCAUGCCCAUUCCCUCUGGGGCCUUUAUGCCUGUCUUCAUACUGGGAGCUGCAUUCGGCAGGCUGGUAGGAGAGAUCAUGGCCACCUUGUUUCCUCAUGGGAUUGUGUUUGAUGGCAUCCUUUACCGCAUCAUCCCUGGAGGGUACGCAGUCAUUGGAGCGGCAGCUUUGACCGGGGCUGUGACUCACACUGUAUCCACAGCGGUUAUCUGCUUUGAGCUGACAGGCCAGAUCUCCCACAUCCUCCCCAUGAUGGUGGCAGUAAUCCUGGCCAACAUGGUGGCCCAAGGCCUGCAGCCCUCCCUGUACGACUCCAUCAUACAGGUCAAGAAGCUGCCGUACCUGCCAGAGCUGGGCUUCGGACACAUGAGCCAGUACAACAUCUUUGUAGAAGACAUCAUGGUGACAAAGGUGAAGUUUAUAUCCUCUCAGUCCACAUACAGAGAAGUCAAACUCCUGCUGGACUCCUCCUCACUCAAAUCAAUCCCACUAGUCGACUCAAAAGAUUCUAUGAUCCUAUUGGGCAGUGUCGACAGGUUGGAGCUUCUGGCUCUCUGUGAUUGGUGGUUGUCGCCAGAGAGAAGACUCCUGAUGCAGGGUCAGAGCCUACAGGAGCAGAAUCAGUCUCAGAAACACAGCUGGGAGUCCUUUGCCUUCGUAGAUGAUGAGGAAGAGGAGGAUGGAGAGAAGGGCAGCCCGGUGCAGGAGGAGAGGAACGGCCCCCUGCCUCCCCCAAAGCCUCAGGAGCCUUCAUUAAACCACACUGCUUCUGUUUCUGAAAAAGGUCCUCUACAGUCUGUGAGGAAAACACUCAGGAAUCUCUUCACCUCUAAGAGCAGACAGACAGAGGGACAGUCACAGGAGCCCUGUCCUCCUCCCCUGUCAGACACAAUGACACCAGAGGAGAUCAAAGCGUGGGAAGAGGCAGAGAUGGACACACCGAUGGAAAUCGAUGAGAUACGAGUAGACCCUUCCCCUUUCCAGCUGGUUGAGAGAACAUCGUUACACAAGACUCACACUUUAUUCUCACUGCUGGGGCUAAGUCAUGCUUAUGUGACCAGUAUCGGCAAACUGGUAGGAGUAGUGGCGCUGAAAGAGCUCCAGAAGGCCAUCGAGGGCUCCACGCGCUCUGGUGUCCGGCUCCGUCCUCCGCUCGCCAGCUUCCGCGACAUCAGCAAACACAACUCUGUCCCUAAACCUCCACCUUCUUCUCCCACUGCUCCUUCCUCUCCGACCUCCACCUCCUCUCCCUCGACUCCAGCCGCUCCCGAGCCUCCCUCCCUCUCUCCCCCUCACCACCACCAUCAUCACCAUCACCCUCACCAUCAUUGCCAAGAGAAUGAAACGGAGGUGUGGAUCGAGGGCGUGAAGAGGGAGGUGGAGGAGAACAGCAGCAGCAGUGUAGGAAGCGGCGGCGGCAGCAGCAGCAACGCGGCCGGCACCUCAACAAGCUACAACAGCAACCUCACUCUCCCUCCCUCCUCCACUCCUCCCCCAGUCCCUUCUUCCUCCACUCAUCCUCCUUCCUCCUCCAUCCCUCUCUCCACCCUAAGACCCCUUCAGGGACUCUUUAAGGGGGAUGAAGACAGUGAUGAUGAGCCAAUGGUUUAGAUUAGAUAAGAGUGAUGGUUAUGUUUUUUAUAAUGGGAAACUUUUUUAAUGGUGUGUGUUUUUUUUUCUGUUCUUAAUGUGUUGCUCUGGUCUUUGGACACCUAUUUACCUCUUACUGUCACCACUUAGGUAGAGCAAAGAUUUAGAAGCAAACAGUGUGUUUGCUUGAAGCUACGCCAAGCUAGGCAUAAUUUCUUUCUUUUUGUUUUAAUACAGUUUAUCCCACCUUUACUGUUUCUGUCUGCGACUUAUUACUUAUAGUUAUUUUCUUUGCCCUGCUCACCCCAACCUCUCUGUCUUUCCUUAAUAAGCUCUGUAUGUGUAUGUUUUUUUAUACUCGUCAUGCCACACUUACUCCUCAUUUUCUCUUUCUCAUUGACUUUCACAUGUAAAGACUCAAGGGUUCAUCCCAUUAUGGUUGAAUGUUUAUGCCAAAGAACUGAUUGUUUCCUUCAGGGUUAUUUUCUUAUCUGGCGUUAUAGCAUUCAAAACAGCUUUAAGACAAUUCUGACAAUCAAGACUCACAAUUGUAACCUUGAAAAACAAAGUGCUUCAUUGUUAGUGGACCCUUAGGGCAAGAUAACCCACCUGCUAAGUAGUACGGUAUAUUUGACACAUUUGAAAUUAUGAAGAAUUUACUUUGAAAUCAUUACUGAGGAAUAAAUGUAUUAUACACUGCUAUCAUUUACAUUGUCCCACUUUGGACUUGGAUUAAUUAGACACAUCUCUGUGUCACAGUGCUUUCCCUCACAACAUAUGUUCGUCGUUCAUCGUUGUGUUUUCAUUAACAUAAUAUGCUGUGUUGAAGUAAUCCAAAUCUGUGCUGCACAAACCAGAAGUGAACCCAGUGAACCUCUGCACAGUAGCCCUGUGUUACCUGAUCAUUUAUGUGUCUUUUAAAGCGUUUUUUAUCGGAUGAGAGCAGAAGAUAUUGAUUUUUUUAACUGGCAACAGACCAUCUGGAUAGACAGUAGACUAAUGGAGCUGCUCAGUCCACUGUGGAAGAUUGGUUAGAGCCCCAAAACGACCUCCAAAUUGUGUGCUGACCUUGUGGAUGCAGCCUCAGAGCUCAUCUCAUCACGCUUAAGUUGAUAGAUGGUGCAGCUAAAGACGGCUGACGACAGCCGAAUCCCCCGCUGCACGAGUCCUGGAGGGUUUUUUGUUGUUGUUUUUCAUUUUCCCUAACAAGCAUGCCUUCCAGAUUUAGCAAAAAUCACACAUGACUACUUUACUUAUGAUUAUGAUGAUUUUUGGCAAAGAAAUGCGAACAAAUAUACAACAACAGAAGCUUUUCAUUCCAAAUUCUGACAUCCAUCGUGCUACAGCGACAGUAACAAAGUGAUGACAGACAUUUUGUCACAUAGUAUCUAUAUGUUAAACAAAGACGAAGAAGUUUGCUUGGAGAGAGAUCUUUGCCAAUUAAAGCAUUAAUUAGCUUGAUAAAAUGAAAAGUCUACUUACUUUUUCUUUUACUAUUUUAUACAGCAAACAAUUUAAUUACACGUGUGUGAGAACAGACCCCAGUACCACCCAUACCAGUUCAUGAACAGCUAUACAAAUGGAAACAAUUCUCUAAAAGAGGCUGAAAGCUGUGUAGAGGUUCAGAGUUGGGUGUUAUUUCAGCAGUAUAAGUGGGACAAUGUUCAUAUUAAACCCGCAUAAUGUAACUUUAAACCUUAAGUCACAAAAUCACUGGUCACCCAGUAUGCUUUAGCCUCUUAGUCGACAUCUAAAUAAACUUUUAUUUCUUAACAUAUGCAAAAUGAAAUCCUCACAGUGAACAGACUGCCUUAUUAAACUCUGUUACAGCCAAUGAUACUGUACAAAAAACUAAAUGUAAUUAAAUCUGAAGAGCUGCUCAGUCACUACUUAAUAAUUGCAUUCAUGUGUUGUUGAACUUUCCUCCUUGUGAUGUACCCCUCCUUUUCACUUAUCACUCCAUCUCUUCUUACUCUUAUCUCCUGGAUUCAGUUUCUCAGGUGCUGCCUUAAAAGUCUUUAAAGCUGCAGAUCUAACAAAAAGCUUUUUCUUUAUGUCCGUGUGGAUUAAAGUGUGUGUGUCUGUUUCUUAAGGGGGCUUUGUACUGGUCUAAGUGCUAGUUGCCUUUGUCUGUCUGUGGUUGUGGUUAAUGUUUCUAUUUAUUUAUCUUUUAGUAGAGUCAAAUGCAAAAAUUUAUAAAACUGUGAAAUAUGUAGCAAAAUAAAGUUUUAUUAAGUGAAAUGCUUUAA